AGUCUCCAUACAGCAACCAUUAAAGCUCUCUGUGCAACCGGACGAAGCAGCGGAGAGGAGGACGUUGGCGUCAUCUGACAUGAGAUUGCCAUUCAAAUGUGGCAGCUUUUGAUUGUUCUGGACUACCUUAUCAGCUACUAAGACGUGGUAGUCCAUGAGCAACAAGUAAAGUAGGUACUACAAAUCCUUUACUUUCAUAAAUUUAUAAUCUUUGUAGGAAAUUCCAUUAUCUUCUUUGUCUCUUUGGGUGGACAUGGAGGAUAUUUUCGAUUCGUUGCUGAAUUUAGAAGAUUCCCAUCUGAAGGAAGGCUUCGACGAGGGUUACAGAGACGGGUUAAUAGCCGGCAAAGAAGAGGGAAAGCAAGUCGGCCUGAAAACGGGUUUCGAAGUCGGUGAGGAAUUAGGGUUCUACAGGGGCUGCGUCGACAUAUGGAACUCGGCCAUCGCGAUCGACCCCACACGGUUCUCUUCUCGGGUUCAAAAAGCUAUCAGACAGAUGGAGGAGCUCAUUGAGAAAUACCCACUUACGGAACCCGAGAAUGAAAGCGUUCAAGAAGUUAUGAACGGUUUGAGGUUGAAGUUCAGGGCUGUUUGUGCUUCAAUGGGUAGAGGAGAAAAAGGAAAAAUGUUAAAGUCGAUGCUAGCUUGCUGCAAAGUGUAUAUAUCUGAAAGCAGAAACAGGGCAGCAUUAGACUCCAUUGAACGAGCUGCCAAGCUAUUCCCAGAAGUUCCUAUUAUCAAUAAGUUUGAAGAUAAGACUUAUAACAGAGUUGGCUACACACUUGUCACCGAGUUGGCAUCAAAGUCACCUUCUGAUCCAUGUCCCAUGAAGACUGCAGUUUUUGCCAUGGUUAAGGCUGCUUUCGAAAACAUUGAUCUUGAGUCACACAGCGGAAGUCAUCCCCGGACUGGAGUUGUGGACCAUAUAUGCUUUCAUCCUUUGCUGCAUGCAUCUUUGGACCAAGCAGCUGCCGUUGCCAAAUCUUUGGGGUCAGAUGUUGGCUACAGUCUUCAAGUUCCCACUUUUCUAUAUGGAGCAGCCCAUAAAGGGGGGAGGACACUUGAUGCAGUCAGAAGGGAGUUGGGUUAUUUCAAGCCAAAUGACAAUGGAAACCUGUGGACUGGGGGACCAAACGCAGAGUCCUUGGCACUAGAACCUGAUGUGGGACCAACUCAAGUCGCUGAAGCAAAAGGCGUCAUCGUAAUUGGAGCUACUCGAUGGGUUGAUAACUACAACGUUCCUGUAUUUUCUACUGACAUUGCUUCUGUCAGGAAGAUUGCAAAACGUGUAAGUGGAAGAGGAGGUGGACUUCCUUCAGUCCAGGCCAUGGCACUUGCACAUGGUGAAACUGUCAUUGAAGUAGCCUGUAAUUUGCUGGAACCAAAUAAAGUAGGAGGAGAAAGAGUUCAGCUUGAAGUUGAAAGGCUUGCCAAAGAAGAAGGUAUCGCUGUUGGGAAGGGCUAUUUCACUGAUCUUGCACAGGAAAAAAUAAUUGAAAGUUACUUGAGAUCCAGUUCCUUCUUGUAAACAGAAAUAUUAAACUAUGGAAGAAUUCAAAAUUCAAUGAUUUCGAUGUAAUGAAACAUUCACUUAUGGAAUCUUUCAAAUUCCUCUGCUUGCCUCGA